GUAAACACACAACCGCCCGCCCGCCAGCCACGGCUAACGGCAAGUUUAAACGAAAACUGCCGGUCCCAAGAGCCCACACAGAGUGCUCACCAUGACCCGGGAGCUCAGCAAGGAGGCCUUGCAGGAAUUGUAUGCCUGGAUUGACGGAAUCCCGCUGUCCAGGCCGAAACGGAACAUUGCCCGGGAUUUCAGUGACGGAGUAUUGGUUGCUGAAGUGGUGAAGCAUUUUUUGCCAAAACUGGUAGAAAUACACAACUAUAUUCCAGCAAACUCUACCCAGCAAAAACUGAGCAAUUGGCAGAUAUUAGACAGGAAGGUAUUUUCCAAAUUACAUUUUCAUAUUUCAGAAGACAUGUUAACAAAGUUGGUUAAGAGCUCUCCUGGAGUUAUUGAAACAGUUUUAUACAUGUUAAGACAGAAGAUUGAGGAAGAACUCAAUCGCACACAAGAGGUGGAAAAUUACAGUACUUCUGCUGACAAGAACAUUUUAGAUUAUGUAUCACCCAACAUGCAUUUAUUUACAAAGGAAUGUCAAUCCCAACCAGAAAUGUGGUACAACAAUCAGAAGCAGAGGUCAUUUUGCGACCAGUAUUCCCAUCUGAAUCCUGAAAUUCGUCUCUUGUUAGAGGAAAAAGAUCAAGCUCUGUUAGCCCUUCGUGAAACUAUGGAGAUACUGCAGAUGAAAGUGCAGAGACUUGAACAUCUGGUUCAGCUGAAAGAUCUCCGAAUUGAAGAUCUGACAAGACAUUUGAAUAAGCAUAAAUCACAGAAGACGAUGAAGUGACAGCAAGUAAAGGGGAAAAAAACAGGAAUAAUUAAAAUCUCAAUGGAAGAAAUGUUUGGCAACCUCAUAUUCAUUUGUUUUCAAACACCUGAUGAAAUGGGAUGACAGUAAUAUGUUGGUGUUUUCACUCUCUAAAAACAGAUUGGCAACGCAUUUUUCACAGAGAUUGGAGACUUCUUAGAUUACUUUGUCUUUUAGAAUGAUGGCAGAACUGUGUUGUUACACCACUCAUCUGACUUGUUGCGACUUCAGGAACACAUAGAGAAUUAGAAUACAAUUUAUUUUUAAAUCUUAGUACUUAAUAAAACUUAGAGUGGUUUGUUGUAGAAGGUUACUUUAUUGAGAAAGAUUCUACUCCUGGUAGGUCUUAGUGCUGCUAGACAUGUAAUAUUUAAAGUGUUAUUUAACAUAACAAAAUACAUAUUUGUGAAUAAAUCAUAUUUUGUCUAGUUGUAUAUUUCCCACAUUAUUGGAAAACACAAUGCAUUUUAUAACUUUCAUUUAAAAUUCCAUGAUUUUAAAACUGACGUGAUGGAACAUUACAACCUAAUUUUACCAUG